AAGGAGGCUGCACUAGCGGAAGCCGCGCGCGCUCAUGCUGUGCUGGAGGAUCAGAUCGGCGCCCUGCAGCAAGCCGCGGCCUCCUACAACAAGAUCGCCUUGACUAGGAUAGCAGCUUUUCAAGCGAUCCUUCUCGUAGCCGACCCCAAGUCUGCUAUCGCCGCAAAGGACCUGUCAGAAGUCGCUAUGGCGCAAGCGGGCGCAACGGGAGAGGCCUGGGAGGGCGAGGCGGGUCGCCUUGAACAGAAGCCGCCGGUGCAGCGCACGGUAGCCGUGGUGCGCGUCGGCCCCAACAAAAUCGUUUGUCUGCCCCCGGAGACGACAGGCGCCGACGCCGCCCGAAUGAUGGAAGUGGGCUAUGGUCCCGGACUUCUCCAGCGGCUGCCCGACAGCUUGACUGUUGUCAACACGUCGACAACGGCAGUCGGCGUGGCCGACUACAUUUACGCCCGGCCCGGUUAUGGGCCCACCAUUGCAAGGGUGAAUCUGCUGUUGCGGGGUGAAGUCAGCGCUGAGAGAGAAGCCGUGUGGUGUAGAGAGCCUGUCCUGACAGAGCCUGGGUGA